AUGAUUAGACACUCUUCUUUACUGAGAUUCAGGGGACUCGUCUCUCCCAGAGCGGUCCCCUUGCCCUAUGGCAGUGCCCUCUUCGUCCGACGAUUCAACAGUAACGAGGGGCCCCAAGGACAGGGCAAGAUCCAUACCGUUAUUGGUGCCGUCGUCGAUGUCAAGUUCCACCGCGAGCCUCUACCCCCGAUUCUCAACGCCCUCGAGACUUCGAAUGGAGGCAACAAGCUUGUGCUGGAAGUAGCCCAACACCUGGGCGAAAAUAUCGUCCGAUGCAUCGCCAUGGACGGAACUGAGGGCCUCAUCCGAGGAACCCAGGUGACGGAUACCGGCGCGCCCAUCACGAUUCCCGUCGGGCCCGCGACCCUUGGGCGGAUCAUGAACGUCACGGGUGAUCCCAUUGACGAACGUGGUCCCAUCGAGGGGGUCAGGCGCAUGCCUAUCCAUGCGAAUCCCCCGGAGUUUGUUGAGCAGUCAACCGAGGCAGAAAUUCUGGUGACGGGCAUCAAGGUCGUGGAUUUGCUGGCCCCGUAUGCCCGCGGCGGCAAGAUCGGCCUUUUUGGGGGUGCUGGGGUGGGAAAGACGGUGUUUAUCCAGGAGUUGAUUAAUAAUAUCGCCAAAGCCCAUGGUGGUUUCUCUGUCUUCACCGGAGUCGGCGAGCGGACUCGAGAAGGCAAUGAUCUCUACCAUGAGAUGCAAGAAACCGGGGUCAUUGAUCUGAAAGGGGAGUCCAAAGUCGCCCUGGACAGGACGGCGAGUCGCCUCAACCUUCUUCACAAAUACAUUGAGCUAACUAAACCAGUCCUCCUCUUCGUCGACAACAUCUUCCGCUUCACCCAGGCAGGCUCCGAAGUCUCCGCCUUGCUGGGACGCAUUCCCUCCGCCGUGGGAUACCAACCCACCCUGGCGGUCGACAUGGGUGCCCUCCAGGAACGCAUCACCACCACAAGAAAGGGCUCCAUCACUUCCGUGCAGGCCGUGUACGUCCCCGCCGACGAUCUGACCGAUCCCGCGCCGGCGACGACCUUUGCGCAUCUCGACGCAACCACCGAGCUGUCCCGCAGCAUCUCGGAGCUGGGCAUCUAUCCCGCGGUGGACCCGUUGGGGUCCAAAUCCCGCCUCAUGGACCCGCGCAUUGUGGGCCAGGAACAUUACAACACCGCACUGGAGGUGCAGAUGAUCCUGCAGGAGUACAAGUCUCUGCAGGAUAUCAUCGCCAUCCUGGGUAUGGAUGAGUUGUCCGAGACGGAUAAGCUGAAGGUCGAGCGGGCGCGCAAGAUCCAGCGCUUCCUCAGCCAGCCUUUUGCCGUGGCGGAGGUGUUCACGGGCAUGAAGGGGGAGUUGGUGCCCUUGGAGGAUACGAUUCGGUCUUUCCGGGCUAUUCUUGAUGGGCAGGGUGAUGAUAUGCCUGAGAAUGCUUUCUACAUGGUGGGCAACUUCGACUCGGCCAAAGCAAAGAGUGAGAAGAUCCUCAGGGAGCUGGAGCAGCGAGCAACCUAG